AUGCGGGCAUCAGCUUCUACAUCAGCACUUCCCCCAGCUACUUCUGAUGCCGAGCAAAGAAAACAGCGCCUCAUAGAAUCGCGAAAAAAGUACAGUAACCGUAUCACACGUGGCAGCGAUUCCCAGAAUUCGUCAACGUUGACCAAUAAUUCGAGUUUGGUUCCAAGUUGCUACUCGCGACCACGAAUGUCCCGAGCGCCUUCCGAUUCGUCAGUUCAAAACAGAUUUGGCGGGAAAUCGAAUAUUCAAAAUUUGCCAUCGUCGUCACGUCAUCAGAAUAAUUCUCAGAAUUCUCGAAAUUUCGGCGAUGAAGAAUUCCGAAUCGAUCAUCGAUCAAUGGCAAUGAUCGAAUCGGGAAAUGUUGUCAUUCCGGCGCCGUCGCGGCCAUCUUUCUAUGGAACACGCCAACCUAGAAGCACAUUAGGAAGCAAUAACCGGCCGUUGCAAAUGGGAAAAAUGGGAUUUAGAUCUUCAAUGGCACCGCAACACAACGAAUCUCGUCCAUCACUUUUUCCAUUGGGUAUCAACAUUUUCACAGCUAGUGAGGCACAAAAAUCAGAGGUCGAAGGUUGGGUGAAAGAACGUUGCGACGCGAUGACGCCUGCGAAACCACGUGCAGUUUCGACGCUCGGACCAAUAGAUCUCACCAAAUCGACACAGAAAAUUGUGAGAUUCAGAGAGAAUUCAGAAGACCAGAAAGAAAAUUCUGAUUACGUGGCAGAGGCAUCGGCAACGAUGAAAAUGACACUGAGGUCGAAAAUCGUCGAAAACGCUGGAAAUUUCGCAUCGCCAGUGUCGAUUAUGAAGGUGGAACGAAAGAAAAUCGGUUUCGCCACGCCCAUUCCACCUGGUAUCAAAGGACGUAUCGAUUUUGAGGAGCAUGAUGAGGAUGAUGUAAAAAAUAAGAAUAUGAAAUCGAUGAAAAAUGAGAAAGCUGAGGAAAAAAUGACGAUGAAACAGACGAUUGUGAAGCUGGAAAAAAUCUUCAACACUAUCACUGCCAAUCAUUCCACGACAUCAGCAACACCUUCAGAACUCAAAUCGAUGGCCGAAUUCGCGGAAAAAUUAGCAAAUUUUGUGAGAACGCAAAAUCCAGAAGUGAUGGAAAAGAUGAAGAAGACGACAAGUACGAAUUUAGUACCGAUUUGUGAGGAUGAUGAUGAGGAAGAACAAGAAGAAGAAGAAGAUGUGGUCAUUGAGAAGUUUGGAAACUUGAAGUUUAUAGAAAUCUCUCCCCAAAAGCUACUCGCCACCCAACAGUCUCCAUCACCAAACCGCCCGAUUUCCACGAUGUCUUCGAUUCAUUCAUCGUCCUCUCCAGAAGACAUGGAUCGAGCGUUUUUGGACUGA